CCCACCCCACCCAAAACCCCAACCUUCUUCUUCCCCCAUCCACUGAGCAGAAUCCAUUCAACAAUGGCGAUACUCUCGUUGCCAUUGGUAACAUCCAUAUUUAAGAAACCUCACUUCUCCGUCCUGUUAAUCGCAGGCCGAAGUAUUAAUUCCGGUUCACCCCCAAUUUUCCGGCCGAAGCGCUUUUUCUCCGCCGCCGCAGCUAACCUUUCUUCCGCCGGCACGCACACUUCUUCUAUUUCAUCGCCGACGGAGCAGGAAAAGCUGAAACAAUCUUCAUCGUUGGCAUCCUCUGCUCUUACUUUUCAGCAAGCCAUUCAGCGCCUCCAGGAAUAUUGGGCUUCUGUUGGAUGUGCUGUUAUGCAAUGCAGCAAUACUGAGGUUGGAGCCGGGACAAUGAACCCUCUUACAUUUUUAAGGGUUCUCGGUCCAGAACCAUGGAAUGUUGCGUAUGUAGAACCUAGUAUCCGACCUGACGAUAGCCGUUAUGGUGAAAACCCAAAUAGACUUCAAAGACACACCCAAUUUCAGGUGAUAUUGAAGCCUGAUCCCGGGAAUUCACAAGACUUGUUCAUUCGAAGUUUAUCUGCCUUAGGUAUUAACGUAAAUGACCACGACAUCCGUUUUGUCGAGGACAACUGGGAGAGCCCGGUGUUAGGUGCUUGGGGAUUGGGCUGGGAAAUUUGGAUGGACGGAAUGGAGAUUACUCAAUUCACCUACUUUCAGCAGGCUGGAAGUCUUCCAUUGACGCCUGUUUCUGUAGAGAUUACCUAUGGUCUUGAAAGAAUCCUUAUGUUACUUCAGGGAGUUGAUCAUUUCAAGAAAAUUCGAUAUGCUGACGGUAUAACAUACGGAGAGCUCUUUCUAGAAAAUGAGAAGGAAAUGAGUGCCUAUUAUUUGGAGCAUGCCGGUGUAGAUCACAUUCAUAAGCAUUUUGACCUUUUUGAGGCUGAAUCUCGCCGUUUGCUUGACUUAGGCCUUGCAAUUCCUGCGUAUGAUCAGCUUUUGAAGACAUCUCACGCCUUCAAUGUCUUGGAUGCUAGAGGAUUUGUUGGAGUAACAGAACGUGCUCGUUAUUUUGGCCGUAUGCGUAGUUUAGCCCGUCAAUGUGCUCAACUAUGGUUAAAGACGAGGGAAUCUCUUGGGCACCCUUUGGGCGUUGCUUCUCAACCUGAUCACCUUGGCUUUCGGAAAGAAGACAUAGAGGAACUGAAGGAAAAGGUUUCUGUAGGACCACGCACUUUUAUUCUUGAAAUUGGGACGGAGGAGUUGCCGCCAAGUGAUGUGCUGAAUGCAUGCAGCCAACUGAAAGAUCUAGUCAAGCAGUUGCUGGGAAAACAAAGAUUGAAUUAUGGAGACGUUCGAACUUGCGGAACACCACGUAGGCUUGUGGUUCACGUUGAGAAUCUAUGUGAUAAGCAGGUGGCCAAUCAAGUUGAGGUUCGGGGACCUCCAGCGUCAAAGGCAUUUGAUGAGGAAGGAAAUCCCACCAAGGCUGCUGAAGGUUUCUGCCGCAAAAAUGGUGUGCCUUUAAGCUCUUUGUACAGAAGGGUUGAAGGGAAAACAGAGUAUGUCUACGUUCGUGCGGUGGAGCCAUCACGGCUUGCUUUGGAGGUUUUAUCUGAAGAGUUACCUUCUGCCCUGGCUAAAAUAUCAUUUCCCAAGUCUAUGCGGUGGAACUCUGAGGUUAUAUUCAGUAGACCCAUCCGUUGGAUAUUGGCACUACAUGGAGAUGUAGUUGUGCCCUUUAUAUAUGCUGGUGUUCUAAGUGGGGAUGUUUCUCACGGGCUUCGAAACACUCCGUCAGCUACUAUUAAGGUAGUAAGUGCAGAAUCUUAUAAAGAUGUGAUGCAGAGUGCUGGAAUAGCCAUCGAUGUUGAGCAACGCAAGAAGACAAUACUUGAGAAGUCUACUUCGAUUGUAGAAAGUAUUAGUGGUUCUGUUGUAAUGCAAAGUGGUUUACUUGAUGAGGUCGUAAAUCUCGUUGAGGCACCUCAUCCAAUUCUGGGAAAGUUUAGUGAGUCCUUCCUAGAGCUUCCAAAAGAGCUGCUAAUAAUGGUUAUGCAGAAGCAUCAGAAAUAUUUUGCAAUAACCAAUCAGGACGGAAAGUUAUUGCCAUAUUUUAUCGCUGUUGCAAAUGGAGCAAUUGAUGAAACGGUUGUGAGGAAAGGAAAUGAAGCUGUACUGAGAGCUCGAUAUGAAGAUGCAAAGUUCUUCUAUGAGUUGGACACAAGUAAGAGAUUUUUGGAAUUUCGAAAUCAAUUGAAGGGAAUCCUGUUCCAUGAAAAGCUGGGAACAAUGCUGGACAAGAUGACACGAGUUCAAAGUUUGGUUACUGAAGUGGGAUUAUUGCUGGGGUUAACUGAAGACAUGCUCCAAGUCGUUCAAGAUGCUGCAUCAUUAGCCAUGUCAGAUCUUUCGUCUGCGGUUGUUACGGAAUUUACCUCUCUUGCUGGGAUAAUGGGUCGUCACUAUGCUCUGAGAGAUGGCUAUUCAGAGCAGAUUGCCGAGGCACUAUUUGAGAUAACCCUUCCACGAUUUUCGGGAGAUAUACUUCCAAAAACUGACGCCGGGGCAGUUUUGGCAAUAGCUGACAGGUUGGAUAGCCUUGUUGGAUUGUUUGCUGCUGGUUGUCAGCCUAGCUCCGCAAAUGAUCCCUUUGGUCUGCGAAGAAUCUCUUACGGUCUUGUGCAACUCUUAGUAGAAACAAAUAGUAAUUUGGAGCUAAGGCAUGCUUUGGAACUUGCUUCUGCAGUUCAGCCCAUGAAAGUAGAAUCGCAAACAAUAAGUGAUGUACAUCAAUUUGUAACAAGGAGACUUGAACAACUUUUGAUCGACCAAGGAAUAAGUCCAGAAGUAGUUCGCUCUGUUCUCGCAGAGCGUUCCAAUUGGCCUUGUCUGGCGACAAAGUCUGCUCAUAAGAUGAAAGCCUUAUCAGAAGGUGAGCUGCUGCCCAAGAUUAUCGAGGCAUAUUCUCGCCCAACAAGAAUCGUACGCGGAAAGGAUGUAACUGAUGAUUUGGAGGUGGAUGAGUCGGCUUUUGAAACAAAGGAAGAGAGAGCCCUGUGGAGCACUUUUACAUCCUUAAGGAGUAAAAUUCAUCCUGACAUGGAAGUGGAUGAUUUCGUUGAAGCAUCUGCCGAUCUCUUACAGCCACUGGAAGAUUUCUUCAAUCAUGUCUUCGUUAUGGUGGAAGAUGAAAGAAUAAGAAAGAACAGGCUUGCACUUCUACGAAAAGUUUCGGAUCUUCCAAAGGGAAUAGUAGACCUCUCCAUCUUGCCAGGUUUUUAAAACCAGUCAAUUUUAUCUGUACAAAAACAGAGCAAAGUGCGAACCACAACAACUAACACGGGGAGCAUGGGGUCGUCAUGGGGGCCAUGGCCCCCCUACACCACUUUUGUGAUCAUAGUUUUAUGUUAUGUUAAUUUUAGUUUUUAUUUAUUUCUUUCGAUUAAUUUAUCCAUAUAUUAUUAGAUUUUUUUAAUAAUUUAGUCGCUGCGAGAAAAAAAGGAUAGAUAGGAAGGGGGGAACAAGGAAAUGAUCAUUGGCAUUUGGCACGUUGGUCUUUUGUAGAACAUAUAAAAAAAAAAUCGAAUCUCGCUACAUAAUGAAAACGGCAUCAUUCGACAAUUGACCUUGACUUAAGGUCUAUGAGAUGCUAUACCUGGUGAAACAUAUUGAGUGGUUUUAUAUCA